AUUCUUCAUUCUUUCACCUCGAGGCCGACCAAUAUCUCCCUUCCUUUGUGGCCCUAUUUUGCCCCGCCUAUAUAAUAUGUGCCGGGGAGAGCGUGCAGGGGGACGUCAGAUACCGUGACCCUUUUGUCGAGUCGUAUAUCUCCAGUCCUUUCAACGUACACGAUGGCGUCGUCGAUCUUGGCUUUCCCCGUCGUUCUCUCUUUUCUCGUCUUUUCAAGUCCCUCCUACACGACUCUUAACUUGAUCUUCUUUUACAUGACAUGGACGACCCUCAUCCUCUCGCAUUCGCCAUUUAAGGUUGAGGUCGUUGGCACCAUAGCCAUACGACUGUUGUUCUAUGUCCUCCCAUCGGCGCUUUUCUUUCUGUUCGACAUCCUCGUCCCUUCCGCGGCUGUGCUGCUAAAGGCGCAAGGCGAACUGGGCCUGCCAACGAGAAGCAAACGAUUCAGAAUCUGGGCCCAGGAUUUUAAAGUUAUAGGGUGGGCGCUAUUUAACCUCUCCCUGAGCAUCCUCGUGCAAGCCAUCAUUGAGAGCGUCCGGAUAGGGUACUUUAAUACACGAAGUGCCCUCAAAGUAUCGUUCUCGAUACCUUUCUUACCUUGGAGCAUUGGUCUCCAUCUCCUUUAUGUUUUGCUACUCAGAGAGGUCCUCGCAUACUGCAUCCAUCGCUUCAUCCUCCAUAGUACGAAAUAUCGCAUCACGCGCUACAUUACUGGCCUCCACUAUACCUGGUAUCAUGAACUCCAUGCGCCCUAUCCCGCCACGGCCCACUACGACCACCCGCUCCCGUACUUUCUGCGAAAUACCAUCCCCACCUUAAUCCCUGCGGUGCUCUUUCGCCUUCACAUGAUCACAUACGCCAUAUACCUGGCAAUUGUCUCUCUGGAAGAGACUCUCGCUUACUCCGGGUACUCGGUUAUGCCGGUGGACUUCCUCCUUCUGGGUGGGAUUGCCCGCAGAGUGGAUAGACAUUUGCUUAGUUGGCCGGAAGGCAAUUUUGGUCCAUGGGGCAUCCUGGAUUGGAUAUUACAGACUACGAUCGCAGAUGAGGGAGGCGAGGAUGAUACCGGGUCGGCUAGGGGCAGUAGACACUCGCUGUCAGAGGAAGAGGAGUUCCAGGCGAAGGUGCAUGAGGCUUUGGAUGACCAUGCGAAACGAACGCAGCGCAAGCACAAGAAGAAGAUGAAGGCCGGUCAUUGAAGAAUUGGAUAUAUGUCUCAUGGGUUAACAAUGUUGGUAUAUUAAGCUGUGGGGGCUUUUUGGUGUAGUGGCAUGCGUAGUUGCGGAGAUGCCCUGGGACGUUGGAUAUGUGUUAUGUUGGAUAUGUGUUAUGUUGGAUAUGUGUUAUGUUGGAUGUGUAUAUGUUGUCAUGAUAUAGAAUGAGAUUGUCCUGCGUCACUCGGAGGGUUUGGGAGUACUAUGUUGCAGGGCGUUCGUUGGGCUAAGUUAUCUGCGCUGCGUG